AUGGAGAAAGUCACUCUCGACGAGCAUCACGAGGCCAAAGCUGCCGACUCGAUCAUUGAGCAUGUGGCCCCAAAGGUCGAACAGGCGCGAGCAGCCGCCGAGGAAGAACACAGUCUCUCAGUCUGGGAGGCCCUUUCCAAGAACAAGACCGUCGUCUUUUGGUGUGUGUUCUUUGCCUUCAGCUGCAUUGGUUGGGGCUUUGACGCACAGGUCAACGGCGCCAUGAUCUCAGUGCCACAGUUCCGCUACACAUUCGGCUACAUCUACCAAGGGCAACCUGUGAUCCCUGCGAGCUGGCAGAGCGGGUUUAACAGCAUCUCCAGCGUUGGCCAAUUUUUUGGUGGCUUCAUGUGCUCAUGGAUCUCCGACCGCAUCGGGCGUCGGCACUCUCUCCUCAUAGGGCUGGCCUUUGUCACUGGGGGUAUUUUCGGCGAAGUCUUCUCGACCAGCAGACCGGCAUUCCUCAUCGGCAAGUUGAUUCUCGGGAUCGGCCUUGGCUUCUACUUGACCAUCGGCCCUCUCUACUGCUCCGAGGUCGCACCAGUUGUUCUUCGUGGUAUGAUAACGGGCGGUAUCAACUUUGCCAUUGUCAUUGGACAGCUCUUGUCAAAUGCUGUUAUCAAAGGAUUCGGAGACAGGACUGAUCGCUGGGCUUUUCGAGGGCCGUUUGCCAUUCAAUGGCUGUUUGUUGCCAUUCUUCUCGUCGGCAUCCCUUUUGCACCCGAGUCGCCAUGGCACUAUGUCCGUCGCGGCCGCAUGGAGGAUGCUCGGCGAUCUCUGGAGCGUCUGCACGGCAAGGAUGUUGAUGUAUCACCAAAGCUGGCCAUCAUCAUCAGGACGGUCGAGGAGGACGCCGAAUUGACCAAGUCUGCAAGAUGGGCCCAGUGCUUCCGUGGCACCAACCUCGUGCGGACCACCAUUUCGGUCGGUGCAUUUGCUUGUCAGCAUCUCUCGGGUAUUGUCUUCGUCUUGGGUUUCUCGACCUACUUCUUCGAGCUUGCCGGUAUCCAGACCAAGGACGCUUUCGACCUCGGCGUCGGAGUCACAGCCUGCGGUGUGGUUGGCGUCAUGAUCUCUUGGGCCGCCAUCAACACACUGGGUCGGAGAAAGUUGUUCGUUUCGGGCAUGAUCGGCAUGACCAUCGUCCUCUUCUUGAUGGGGAUUCUCGACGUCGUCCACACCUCGGCUGCCCGCUGGGUUCAAGCCUCUUGCACGGUCGUCUACGCACUCAUCUACCAAAUCACAAUUGGGUGCAUUGCAUUCGCUUUGCUCGGUGAAGUCUCGACUCCCUCACUUCGAGCCAAGACGGUUGGUCUGGCCACUGCAUGCCAAGCUGUGUUUGGCACGGUGAUGAACAUUGUGGUUCCUUACAUGGUCAACCCGGACAAGGCCAAUUUGAAGGGUAAAGUGGGCUUUGUGUUCGGUGGAGCCUGUCUUUUGGGCACCGUCUGGAGCUACUUCUACAUACCAGAGCUGAAAGGGCGCACAUUCCAGGAGAUUGACUAUUUGUUCCAGCACCGAGUGCCACCGAGGAAGAUGGGCAAGUACAACCUUGAGGAUGUCAAUGAUGUUAUAUGA